AUGCUGCAUGUUUGGAGGCCCUCCGGGGAGGAAGCGGCUAGUAUUCCCAUCUCCACAGUGGGUCGUGUGCAUCAACUGAAGCAGCAUCUGGACACGCUCCUUGGGGUCCCACGGUUCCGGCAGCGAAUCUUGCACGGAAAUCGGAUCUUGGAUGACAAUGCCCGGCUGGCCUCGAUUACGGAUGUGCAGCUGGUGGUGAGUCACAUUUCCGAGAGGGAUGCCGUAAAGUUCAUAAAGGCAGUGUAUUGUAACUCUCAUGUCUGCGUGGUGGAGAUGUUGCAGAAUCAGCACGAUCCGAACCUGGCCGCGCGCUGGAGCUUCCUCAACAGGCACCUCACACCCCUUCAGGUGGCUGUAGAGAGAGGCCCUGUAAGUACGGUCAUGUUGUUGUUGGAGGCCGGGGCGAAGGACGUAUCUGACAGAGGCGACCAGGUGGCUCUUGCUGCUGCUUCGAGGGCUGGCCACAGGGAGGUAGUCUCCUUGCUCUUGGAGGCUGGUGGUGAUAGGGACUGUGCUCUCAAAGCCGCUUCUUGGGCUGGCCAGGUGCAGAUUGUCCGUAUGUUGUUGGAACGGGGUGGUGUUUACGAUCUCACAGCCCAUGGAUACCGUGAAAGUUUGGUAGCAGCAUCGAGCACCCUGAACGAGCAGAUCCUGUUCCUGCUGCUGCAAGCUGACAGGCCGCUCCGCUUCUUCGACUUGGGCUGGCCCCGAGCUGUCCUGGGCGGGGUACUGGCCAGAUGCAAAUCCUGGUUGGUUUGCAGUGUCGGAGCCUUCCUCGCUGGGUUGUGGCUCCUGUUCAAAACGAGUUGCUAUGCCACUCCAACGCAGGAUCAGCGAGAGCUGGAGGAUAGAGAGGCCUUCGGAAGAGGUUGCACGAACUGCAUGAUGAUGCUGGUUCUCUUUGCCAUCCCGCACAAGAUUCUGCGUCUGCUGCUGGUGUCGUGGGCCAUGGCAGCCAGGGACAUGUGCAACUGGGACAAAAACAGGCGCCAGACGCUACGAGCUUGGGUUGGAGAAAAGAGUGCUCAGACGGUUAAGGGUGCGAGGGAUAGCGAGACUGAGCUCUAUACAAGCAUAGCCGGAACAACGGUCAGAAGCAAAGCCAUGCAGAACAAUGAUUGUAUCUGCAAUUAA